AUGGGAGAGGAGUGCAAGUGCGACGCGAACGGUGGCGGCGGCGGCGGAGCCGUCGACCCGGCGGCGAUAGAGAAGCUGUACGAGGACGUGCCGCCGAUGCCGCUGAUGGCGCUGAACCACAUCUCCCGCCUCUGCAAGUCCGUCGACGCCUCCGUUCGGUUCUACGUCAAGGCCCUCGGCUUCGUCCUCGUCCACCGCCCUCCCGCGCUCGACUUCUCCGGCGCCUGGCUCUUCAACUACGGUGUCGGGAUCCACCUGGUCCAGCGAGACGACGCUCGGCGAGCCGCCGACGUCAACCCCGGCGAGCUCGACCCCAUGGACAACCACAUCUCGUUCCAGUGUGAGGACAUGGGCGCGUUGGAGAAGAGGCUCAAGGAGAUGGGGAUCAGGUACAUGAAGAGGACCAUCAACGAGGAGGAGGGGUCGCCCAUCGACCAGCUCUUCUUCAAGGACCCCGACGGCUUCAUGAUCGAGAUCUGCAACUGCGAGAACCUCGAGCUCGUCCCCGCCGGCGCGCUCGGCCGCCUCAGGCUUCCCCGCGACCGCCACAAUCCGCCGCUCCGGAUGGACGGAGCAGAGUAG